UCAUAAGGAAAAUAUCUGGAAUUUUACAAAUUAGUUCGACAUUAAAGUUAACGAUAAACCGUUAAAUAUUAAUUUUUUUCAGGUAUUUUUAAAAUUGGAUCACAGUAUAAAUACUUAAGCCAAGCGAUAAUGGGGGUAUUACUCCCUAAAAUGUUGCGUAUAACGAUUGUCAUUAUAUGUGUCUAUAUUGACAUUGCCAAGGGAAUAACCUCUGCCGACAUUAUUGCAUCGCACAACUACCCAGUGGAAGUUCACACAGUGGUCACAAGGGAUGGAUACAUUCUCAACGCCUUCCGCAUACCGUCCUCGAAGUUCUGCAGGCGAUCUGGGCCAAAGCCUGCGGUUCUCUUCCAGCACGGCAUGACCGCCUCGUCCGAUGUUUUCCUGGUAAACGGACCUCGGGAUGCACUGCCUUUUAUGCUAGCUGAUGCCUGUUUCGAUGUGUGGCUUAGUAACUCGCGAGGCACCCGAUACUCCAGAAGUCACACCUCUUUGGAUCCCUCGAAAGGAGAAUUCUGGCAUUUUAGCUGGCACGAGAUCGGAAUAGAGGACGUGGCUGCUUUUAUAGACUAUAUUCUGACUACCACGCAUCAGAGAGCGCUGCACUACGUGGGUCAUUCGCAGGGCUGUACCACGCUAACGGUGCUCCUUAGUAUGCGCCCGGAAUACAAUAACUUGGUCAAAACCGCUAUUCUGAUGGCUCCGGCUGUUUUCAUGGCCCACACUGCCACACUGGGACAGACUCUUUUAAGGCGAUAUAUAAUGAGGUUGCCCGACGGCGAAUUCAUGUUCCAUAAAAAAUUUCUAAACGACAUCUUAGGAGCUACAUGUGGGUUAUACGUCGUGAGAGUUUUCUGUUCAACAUAUUUUAUGAUCAGCAACGGUAAAGUUUCCCAACAUCUCAACACAAGCAUUGUUCCUUUGUUAACAGCCACGCAUCCGGCGGGAAUUUCUACACGACAGCCAAAGCAUUUUAUCCAGCUAACGGACAGCGGCAAGUUCAGAAUGUAUGAUUUCGGGAUUAUAGGAAACAUGAUCACCUAUAGAAGUCUAUCACCUCCGGAUUAUCCGCUGCAUAAGGUUCGACCCCUGACACCUGUCCACAUCUUCUACAGCGACGACGACUUCUCGACAAGUAAGGAAGAUGUUCUGAAUUUUGCCGCUAGAGUGCCGCAACCGACGAUGCACCGAAUUGCUGAAAAGUCUUGGCACCACAUGGACUUCGUUCACGCUUUAACCGUUGCUGAAGUAAUUAACAAACCGAUUAUUGAAAUUUUUAAUAAGUUUGACCAACUAAAAAAAUUUUAAGGAAACUUAAUAAAUAGUGAUGUUAUUACGCCU